AUGUCAAAUAAUAUUUUAAAUACGUCCAAUAGCAAUACACAUCAACAUCUACAACAUCUUCUUCACAGUAGUAACAGUAGUGGUAGCAGUAGCAGUGGUAGCAAUAGCAAUAGCAAUAACACUCGUUUCACUACAAACAACCAACAACAACAACAAUUAUUAUUCGAACAAAUUCAACAACAAUCAAAAAUGAUUCCAAAUAGUUCGUCAUCUUCGACAUUGUCGAAAAAGUCAAGUUUGUCACACAUGACAAAUAUAGAUGAUGCCGCUUCUGCCUUUGCUGUGCAUAGUGGUGGCAGUGGUGGUGGUGGUGGUGGAAGUUCUGGAGGAAUUGGAUCACCUUCUAGUAUUCUCAAGAUACAUAGUAAUAGCAAUAAUAACAACAGUAAUAAUAACAAUGUUUCAUUACCAUCGUUAUCUGAUAUAAAUUGGAAUAAUAAUAGCAAUAGUAAUCCAAAUAUUAAUAAUUCAAGCGCAAAUAACAAUCAUCAUCACCACAACCACAACCAUCAUCAUAAUCAUUCGCACACACACCACUCACAAUCUUCUCAAAAUAGUAAUAAUAUUAAUAAUUCGAGUGGUGGUGUUUCACCACUAACAAACUCACAUCAAUCCGACUAUAGUAGUAACAGCAAUAGUAGUAGUAGUAGUAGUAACAAUAAACUUGGAAAUAUUAUGGAUGUACCGUCCUCACCUGAAUUUUCACAUCUUCAUCAACAACAACAACAACAACAACAUCACCGUUCAACAACUUUGUCGUCAUCGUCGUCAUCGUCGUCAAUGGUGGUGGACAGUGCAAAUGUACGUUUACAACAAUAUGAAGCAUCAAUCGAAUCGUUGAUAAACCAAGUGCAGUCGGCACACGACCGUGAGCAAAAGCAGCGAAGCUACACCAAGUCGAUAGAGGAAGGCUACGCCAAUCUCGAAUCGGAGAAUCUCAAGUUGAAGAAAGAGCUCUUUGAGAUGAACAAGAAACUCAAUGAAAUACUUCAAAUGAAGUUUUCACCGCAACCUACCAUCUCCGCUCCAACUUCUUCUUCCUCUUCGAAUUUGCCCAUCACUUCCAAGUUCACAUCUUCUCUUGCCGUUUCCGGUUCGCUUCCACCGCCACCCAGUCACGCCGACAAGAAAAAGCUGGAACUCCAACAAAAGAAGAAACCACGUGGCGGAAAUGGUGCCAUCGAAGGUGACGAGGAAUUGGUUGCCGAAGCACUUGGAUCAUUCGUGGAACUCACCUCGACUAGCUCCUCGAGAAAACCAAUGUUGAAGCGUUCCAACAGUGAGGAUUCAUUCCGUCACAAUCCAAACCAAGGAAUGUCGAUGAUGUCGCCUCACGCCAUGAUAAUGGCAUCGCGUGGUGGUGACCCAACAAGUUCAUCUAUGGACUGGGCCAUGGGCAACUCUUCGGAUCUCGACGACCUCAAAUUCAAAAAGCGCAGAUCCGACCAAUUCAUGAACUCGCCGCCCACCGAGCAACCACCAGCCGGCACCAAAACCAAGAAGCCUCCCCAAUUCAACCCGUCUUCGCCACCCAAUCUCCAGCGUCACCACAGCUUCUCAAUCAACAGUCCCGUCAAGUUGGAGUCGUCACUCCACAGCAGUGGCGGCAUCAUGGAGUUGAGUUCGUCACCCUCGUCAUCUUCGAACCAAUUGACAUCGAGUGGUGGAAUUCUAAAGAAACCAAAGAAACAAAACAACAACAAUAACAAUAAUAAUAUCCAAACAACAACAACCACAUCAACAUCAACACCUCAACAACAAUCACAUUUCCCCUCACAAAUGCAAAACAUUGGACAACUUCCAGAGAUGGAAACCGAUGUCGAUAGUACUGAUGAAUUCGACUUUAAGGGAAGCACUGGCAUGCCACGCUCUGGAGAUGGCGACUCACCGGACAGCAAUGAAAACUCUCGAAAUUCAUCGUCACCGAUCGAGGCACCAAUGUCCGAUGCCAACCUCUUCAAAUCGAUUGCCAACGACACUCCUCACGAAGCGCUACUCAAUGAGAUACACCACCUUCACCAACUACAACGUGAAUCGCUCGAAAAGAUGCAUCUCACACAGAAGCAAUUCCUCACAACCGACGGCGCCAACAACCACGACGACAUCUACGCUGCUCUCCAAACGGAACAAAAGAAACUGGCCGGCCAAAUCGAAUCGGAACUCCAAACACUCAAUCAAAUGUACAGUCAAACCAUUCUGGAACCUAACCAACUGUGUAAACUCGACAUAUUGCUACAGGAUCUCUCCAUUCAAUAUAAACAGCUGCAGCUCUACCAGAAUGAGUUGAACUAUGGUCCUGGCGGUCCGGAACUUCCAGUGGCGUUGGUCAUCACCAAACAGCCGUUCCCAAUGGUCAUCUCGAAAUUCAAGCAACUCCAAGAGGAUCAUCUCACUGUCCAACUCCUCGUUGGUUCCAACGUCGACAUCAUUUCAUACUCACCGAUUCGCGCCGAACUCAUUUUCCACUCGAAAGCACUCACCAAGGGUUCGGCCACUCUCAUCGGUGGAAUCGGCUCGGUCAACAGCGGAACCGGAGGCAGCGGUGGAAACAGCGCCCUCAAAAAGCACAUUGAAAAAGACACGCAAUCCAUCGACCCAGUCAAAGGCAAUGCCAAAUUCCCAAUUAAAUUCCUCACGGGAACGCGUAAGGGAUGCGUCAAACUCCACUUUGUCCUCCAGAUCAAGACCACCGACGGACAUCUCAAUGUUUCAACUUUGUCACAUACCGAAUCAACAAUACCACCAUUUAGACGUGAACUCAAGAACACUGUACUUGAGCCAUAUUAUAGUAAGCGACAAAAUUCACAAAACUUUUUGGGAAGUGGUUAUGAUCCACUUACUUAA